AUGGAGGUGGAAAAGGUCAUGAAAGAUAAUAACAAUAAAACUAAGGAAGAAGAUGAAGGUGCUCAGCUUCCAGGGUUUCGAUUCCAUCCAACUGAUGAAGAACUUGUUGGAUUUUAUCUCAAGAGAAAAGUGGAGAAGAAGCCCAUCAGUAUUGAGCUCAUCAAACAGAUUGAUAUCUACAAAUACGAUCCCUGGGAUCUUCCAAAAGUUAGUAAUGUUGGGGACAAAGAGUGGUAUUUCUUCUGCAUACGAGGAAGAAAGUACAGGAACAGCAUAAGACCAAACAGAGUAACGGGAUCAGGAUUUUGGAAGGCAACAGGCAUUGACAAGCCCAUAUAUUCUGUGAAAGAGCCUCACGAUUGCAUUGGUCUCAAGAAGUCGUUGGUUUAUUAUCGUGGGAGUGCCGGCAAAGGCACUAAAACUGAUUGGAUGAUGCAUGAGUUUCGCCUCCCUCCAAAUGGGAAAACUACUACUGCUGCAAACGUCUUUCCAAAUACCAAGGAAAAUAUUGGCAAUUACCAAGAAGCUGAAGUAUGGACACUCUGCCGAAUAUUCAAACGAAUCCCAUCUUACAAAAAGUACAAUAUCCCCAAAGAUAAUAAUAAUCAAAAUUGCAAAGAGAGUACCACACCCGGAAAAUCAUCAUCAUCAUCAAAAAUAUCAUGUCCAGUUGACGAUUCAAGCUCCAAAACAUGCAGCUUCGAAACUGACUACAACGACCCUCAUCAGGUAAGGUUGGAACUAGAUCACUCUGAUGAUCAUCAAAAUCAGAAUGUGCAAUUUUUACAACGCAAGGACAAAAGAUCAUCAAAACCUACAGUUUGUUCGGAUCAUCAACAACCUGAUCUUGAUCGAACGAAUCGCGGAAGCUGGUUUCAUAAAGGGCACCUCUGUAAUAACAAUAUCAAUUUUCCUCUAGCUGCUCAUCAGCAAUAUCUUCAUCAUCAUCAAGGUUCAAUAUUCCCGGGUUCUUAUCCGAGCUUUAAUAUGAACCCUAAUGCAGCGGAUCAUGAUUUCUUUACAAAUGGCAGCUGGGAUGAGCUCAGAUCAGUGGUACAGCUAGCCGUUGAUCGUCACCCAUCCCAACUUUAUGAUGUUACAGAUAAGUCAUAACAUUAUGUAUACGAUAUGAUCUGGCCAUACAUAUACAGGAAAUAAUUUUGUAUGGCACUUAAAAGGAAACUUGCUAG